AGACCACGCGCGCGCCCCAACCACUCCCCCCACCCCCUCUUCCCCCCCACCCAAGCGGCGUAUCCGGCGCCGCCGCCGCCAUGGGGGCCCUCGCGGCGUCGACGUCGGCGGGGGACUGGCUCGUCGAGGACGACAUCCUCCUCAAGAACGCCAUCGAGACUGGUGCCUCUUUGGAGUCCUUGGCGAAAGGAGCUGUAUGUUUUUCCCGUAAAUUCACCCUUCAAGAAAUACAAGAUCGUUGGACUUCAUUGCUAUAUGACCCAGAGAUCUCAGCACAAGCUUCUGCUCGGAUGGUUGAGUAUGAGACUGAACUUUCCACUUCCAACCCUGCCAAGCUACAUAAACUUGUCAACUCCAAGGCAAAAGAUUUCUCAUUUCAGAAGCGAAAAAUAGAGAGUGUCAAGAAUUUAUACUAUGCGAUGAGAAAGAGAGUAUGCAAUGAACCCUGUAACACCAAUGACCUUGGUUUUCUCAUUGCCCCUUGUUCUUGCAUGGCGAUUGGCGGGGAGUGUGUCUGCGGAGGCGUACCUAAACCUUCACAUGAUCAGCAUGUAGUUCAAAAUAUUGAACCAGGGAUGAAUACAGUGAGCUGCUAUGGACAAGCAGGUGGAAGCUACAGUGGUGCACAACAGACACAUCCUGAAAUAAAUGGCCAUUCUUUCCAUGCACAGCAUCCUGGGAGCAUGAUAAAAGAUGAGGAUGCCGCCAAUAAUGCACCAUAUGUCUAUUCAGAUGUUCAAAUGUAUGACGCCUACACGCAAAAAGUUCCUGAGCCUAGUGAAGUGAACAAUGUCUCUCUUAGAGGUAUCACAGAUUUUCAGGAUUCUAUGCAGUUUCAGCAAUUGGCAUCUAGCAACCAAUGUGGCAAUGAAGUAGCAGAAUCAAAAGAAAUGUUGAUUACUGAUCAAGUUGGAGUUGAACAUGUCCAUUUCCCUGCUAAUAACAGCGGAGAAGCAAUCUGGAACGGGGUUGAUGAAACAAACACACUUACUCUUGCUGAUGGUAAGAAAAUAAAGACAGCCAACAGAGACCCUCUAGCAUUGCAAGCAGAUGGUGGGAUUUGCAUGCCUGGUUUAGAUGAUGCAGCAAUGCCAGAAGGUGAUUACAUGGAUUUUCCCUUUUUCAGUAACAGUGAUGAGUUUGAUCUCCUGAACGGUGAAAAUUUUCUGAAUUCUCCACAUGAUACGAAUCAGGAAGACUUGGAUGAUCCUGAUACAAAAGGUGUACUGGGUGCAGACUCCGUCAUGCAGAAUAUGUUGCACCCUGAUGAGGCCAACAUUUGCUAUGAUCAGGUAGAUUCAGGCCAUGUACAUCAUAACGUUGAGGGUGUUUCGGAAACGAUCCUGGUCCCUACUACACCUGAAGUAUGUUAUCCGGGCCCGUAUGCGGAAUGCAUGUUAAAUACGGAAGAUCCUGAAAUCCCUUGCAAUGACGAUGCUAGUACACAUGGCGAGUUUUCUCCCCUGCGCCCUACUGCUUCUUUUGCGCGGAACUCCGAAUCUCCAUUCCCCCCUGCAACUAGCUCUCCAUUAAAGGCUGAGCAUUCCAAUGCGAGUGAUUUGGUCCAAAUAAAGAGAGGAGAUAUGGCAAAUGCCCAAUCUCCAUCACAACCAAUGAAGCUUAGCCCAUCCACUUCAGAACAAAAAGAAGGUUCAGUGGUACUUAAUAAAGGUUGCAUCCUAGGAGCUAUACCCUCUGAAGGUCCUUCAACUUCCAGUGCACUUAUGCAUGGUAAUAUUGACACGAAUGAUGAGAGCACAUGCAUGCUAGCUUUACCUGCUAUUCACCCAUCUGGAUUUGGUGAAGGACCAUCGUGCAGUUUAGGACAGCAUGAUUUUUUUGAUAACUCCCAAAGUUUGAUGUUGUUCAAUCCUGUUCAAGUGCCUGAUCACAUGAAUUACAACUCACAUGACAAUCAGUCAGAAUUGCAAGAUGCCUCUGCUCUACAGAACUGUAUGCCAUCACAUGCAUUGCCGGAUUUGGGUCUUCAAGACCCUAUUGCGGCCGUGCCGGCAUCAGCUCCACCAGAAGAAUGCUUGGACAUUGAAAAUGAUAUUCCAAACUACUAUGAUUUAGAAGCCCUGAUACUUGAUCAGGAUCUAAUCCCAUGGGACCAGGCUGAUUCAUCUCACCCUGCAGUUUCCAGAUUUGAUCAUCCAGAGAACAGGAAAUCAUUGAUAAGGUUGGAGCAGGGUGCUCGGUCUUAUGUGAACCGAGGUAUCAUGUCUCGAGGUGCCUUUGCAGUUAUCUAUGGACUGCACUUGAAGUACUACAUAAAGGAUCCUGAGGUUAUUCUGGGAAGAGAGACAGAAGACGUAAAAGUAGACAUAGAUUUAGCAAAAGAAGGGAGGGCGAACAAAAUAUCUCGCCGACAGGCGGUUAUCAAGAUGGAUAAAAGUGGGUCUUUCCAUAUCAAGAACAUCGGGAAAUGCUCAAUCUUUGUUAAUAGCAAGGAAGUGCCGAGCUGCAAAGGGAUCAACUUAAGUUCUGAUUCUUUAAUCGAGAUAAAGGAAAUGAGGCUGAUCUUCCACUCGAAUCAGGACGCUGUAAGGCAGUACAUGGCCCGCACCCCGAAGCUUCAGUACUCGUCGUACCAGCCGGGUUUCUGAGCCCGCUUGCCAAGGUGCCCGAUGAGCAGUGAGCAGCGUAUCUGCGUUGCUGCCAGUAGUUAGCGCGUCGAAGUGAUGGGCGCCCUGCCCUUGGAGCGCAUCCACGUUUUAGAGUAGAGUGUGAUUAUUAUCUCGAAAGUUGUCCUCGGCCACUUGGGAUGUGUGUACAUAGGCGGCAACAACAUGUGGUGUAAAAUGUGGACUGGUUUCUGUUCUGUUCGUUCUAGUGAAGCACAAGUACUUACUAGUUGAGUGUA